CUCAGCUCCUUCACAACCGACCUAUACAUGAAAAAACCAGACUCGACCACCUUUCACUGCAUAGACCCUCCACAAUAUCAGAGGUUCUUCGAUUCGAACGCAUCGCGAGAUCACGUCGGAUACGUAAACUCACCAUGCCGCAGGGAGAUUACAUAGAGCUCCACAGGAAGAGACAUGGGUAUCGCCAUGAUCACUUCGAGCGGAAACGCAAGAGGGAAGCUCGGGAAGUCCACGAGAGAUCCGAAAAAGCCCAGAAGACUUUGGGCAUUAAGGGUAAGAUGUUCGCCAAGAAACGAUAUGCAGAGAAGGCUCUAAUGAAGAAAACGUUGAAUAUGCACGAGGAGUCAUCAUCUAGGCGCAAGGCGGAUGAUGAUGUUAGUGAAGGAGCUGUUCCUGCUUAUCUGCUGGACCGUGAAACCACCACCCGAGCUAAAGUGCUUAGCAACUCUAUUAAGCAGAAAAGGAAGGAGAAAGCUGGAAAGUGGGAAGUGCCUUUACCGAAGGUAAGGCCUGUUGCUGAAGAUGAAAUGUUCAAAGUGGUCAAAUCUGGCAAAAGGAAAACCAAGCAAUGGAAGAGGAUGGUCACGAAGGCCACAUUCGUCGGACCAGGUUUCACAAGGAAGCCCCCUAAGUACGAGCGGUUCAUUCGGCCAUCAGGACUCCGGUUCAACAAAGCUCACGUCACGCAUCCGGAGCUCAAGUGCACCUUCAAUCUGGAGAUCAUUGGAGUGAAAAAUCCAAACGGUCAGAUGUACACCUCCCUGGGUGUCCUGACCAAGGGAACCGUCAUUGAGGUUAACGUAAGUGAAUUGGGUCUCGUCACACCAGCUGGGAAGGUCGUGUGGGGAAAAUAUGCACAAGUGACCAAUGAUCCAGAGAAUGACGGAUGCGUGAACGCGGUUCUACUCGUCUAAGCAUGUAACAGUUGCCGUCCGUCCAGCCUCUGUAAUACAUGCUGUGCCGGCAUACCUUUGAUUUUCAGU